CUGGGGACAUUGCUGGGGACACUUGGGGAUGUUGGGGACAUCAGGGGCCACCUGUUUUCCAUCCCUGUUGUUUUCCAGCUGUAUCCCAGUUUCCAUCCCUGUUUUCCAGGUGUCUCCGUGUUUUCCAGGUGUUUUCCAGCUGUCUCUGGUUCUUUUCCAGGUGUUUUCCAGGUGUUUUCCAGGUGUUUUCCAGCUGUCUCCGGUUGUUUUCCAGGUGUCUCCGUGUUUUCCAGGUGUUUUCCAGGUGUUUUCCAGCUGUCUCCGGUUGUUUUCCAGGUGUCUCCGUGUUUUCCAGGUGUUUUCCAGCUGUAUCCGGUUGUUUUCCAGCUGUCUCCGGUUGUUUUCCAGGUGUCUCCGUGUUUUCCAGGUGUUUUCCAGGUGUUUUCCAGCCGUCUCCGGUUGUUUUCCAGGUGUUUUCCAGCCGUCUCCGGUUGUUUUCCAGGUGUUUUCCAGGUGUUUUCCAGCUGUCUCCGGUUGUUUUCCAGCUGUCUCCGGUUGUUUUCCAGGUGUUUUCCAGGUGUUUUCCAGGUGUUUUCCAGCUGUCUCCGGUUGUUUUCCAGCUGUCUCCGGUUGUUUUCCAGGUGUUUUCCAGCUGUCUCCGGUUGUUUUCCAGGUGUUUUCCAGGUGUCUCCGUGUUUUCCAGGUGUUUUCCAGGUGUUUUCCAGCUGUCUCUGGUUGUUUUCCAGGUGUCUCGGUGUUUUCCAGGUGUUUCCCAGCUGUCUCCGGUUGUUUUCCAGCUGUCUCCGGUUGUUUUCCAGGUGUUUUCCAGGUGUCUCCGUGUUUUCCAGGUGUUUUCCAGGUGUUUCCCAGCUGUCUCCGGUUGUUUUCCAGGUGUUUUCCAGGUGUUUUCCAGGUGUCUCCGUGUUUUCCAGCUGUCUCCGGUUGUUUCCCAGCCGUCUCCGGUUGUUUUCCAGGUGUAUCCCGAUUGUUUUCCAGCUGUCUCCGGUUGUUUUCCAGGUGUUUUCCAGGUGUUUCCCAGCUGUCUCCGGUUGUUUUCCAGGUGUCUUGGUGUUUUCCAGGUGUUUUCCAGGUGUUUCCCAGGUGUUUUCCAGCUGUCUCCGGUUGUUUUCCAGGUGUCUCGGUGUUUUCCGUGGCCGCUCUCCUGCUCCCGGAGCAUUUCCCUCAUUACCUGGCGCAGCUGCGGGCGCUGAGCCUCGGCCCCUCCCUCCUCUUCUCCGCCAAAUUCCUGCUGGUGCUUCCCGUCUGCUACCACACCUGGAACGGGAUCCGGCACCUGGCCUGGGAUCUGGGGAAGGGGCUGCGGCUGCCCCAGGUGACCCAGUCGGGGCUGCUGGUGCUGGCCCUGACCCUGCUCUCCUCCGCCGCCCUGGCCGCCCUGUGAGCCGCAAUUCCCGGGAUUCCUGCGACUCCUGGGAUUCCUGCCGCCAUUCCCGGGAUUCCUGCCGCCAUUCCCGGGAUUCCUGCGAUUCCCAGAGCAAUUCCUGCGAUUCCCAGAGAGAUUCCUGCGAUUCCCAGAGCAAUUCCUGCGAUUCCAGCUGCGAUUCCAGCAAUUCCAGCAAUUCCAGCUGUGAUUCCCGCAAUUCCAGCUGCAAUUCCUGAAAUUCCAGCUGUGAUUCCCACGAUUCCAGCUGCAAUUCCAGCAAUUUCAGCUGUGAUUCCCGCGAUUCCAGCUGCAAUUCCUGAAAUUCCAGCUGCAAUUCCUGAAAUUCCAGCUGCAAUUCCUGAAAUUUCAGCUGCAAUUCCCGCGAUUCCAGCUGUGAUUCCUGCAAUUCCAGCUGCAAUUCCAGCUGCGAUUCCAGCUGCGAUUCCAGCUGUGAUUCCUGCAAUUCCAGCUGCAAUUCCAGCUGCAAUUCCAGCUGCGAUUCCAGCUGCAAUUCCAGCUGCAAUUCCUGAAAUUCCAGCUGCGAUUCCCACAAUUCCAUCAAUUCCUGGAACAAUUCCAUCAAUUCCUGGAACAAUUCCAGCAAUUCCAGCAAUUCCUGGAACAAUUCCUGGAACAAUUCCCACCCUUCCAGGGAAGGUGACGUUUCCCAACCCCUUCCCCGGCCAAAAAAUCAAAUCCUGGGAUGAGCGGAGCUGCCAGCGCCACCCCCCAGGCC